AUGGCGGCCAAGAUCAUUGUCUUGGGCAGCGUUAACGGGAAGCUCGACACGGCUUUCUCCAAGCUCGCAGCGCUGCACUCCAAGAACAAUUUCUCUUUCGCCAUCAUCGCAGGCAACUUGUUCGAGGUUGACCAAGACGAGGGCACUAUUGAGCGUCUUGUGAAUGGGGAGAUCAGCGUUCCGCUGACCACUUACUUCACUGUGGGCAAUGCGCCCCUGCCCCCGCAGAUUGUUGCCCGCGUCGAGGCCGAUGAAGAUGUCUGUGAGAACUUGCACUUUCUCGGCAAGCGAAGCGUGAACAAGACGUCGGAUGGCAUUCGUAUCGUCACCCUUGGUGGUAUCCUGGACAAAAGCAUCAUCGGCGGGCUGUCUACGGAGCAGCACCUUCCAUUCCAUACCACUGGGGAUGCAACAUCGCUGCGAGGCUCGAACAAAGCUGACAUCCUUCUGACGUCCAUGUGGCCUGCAGGAGUCUGGUCCAAGUCAAAGGUUGUCCUCUCGCCUGAAAACCAAGCUGCGACUGCCAGUUCCCACGAAAUCGCAGACCUGUGUACCGCUAUCAAGCCUCGGUACCAUUUCUCAUUCUCUGCUGCCGAUUUCUUCUAUGAACGAGAGCCUUUCUUCUACGUGACUGACGACGAGGCGUCUGAAAGCAAACCUGUAACACGCUUUAUCUCAAUGGCCUCGUUCGGCAAUGCAGCCAAGGCUAAGGCGAUGUACGCUUUCAACUUGCAGCCUGAAGAGGCAGCGUCGGUCCCUCCGAUCGGAAGCACCCCCUCGCCAUUUACCGCUGCCAAAGGCACAAAGCGGCAAGCAGAUGGGGACCCAUCAGCCUACUCGGGCCGCUUUGCCCACGAUGGUCACUCAGACCGACCUAAUCGCCGUCGGCGACACCAGCGCUCUCCCCCUCCAGGUCCAAGUCAGUGCUUUUUCUGUCUUAGCAAUCCGGAACUUGCGACUCACAUGGUCUGCUCGAUCGGGGAGAAUGCCUAUAUUGCCUCAGCCAAGGGGCCCCUACCAAGCUCAAGCACCUUCUCAUCAACGGGUCUGAAAUUCCCCGGCCACCAGAUUAUCAUUCCCUUUGCCCAUGAGCCUACUAUGCGAGCUGUCCCCAACGGCGAGGGUCUGCCGACGUAUCACGAGAUGGCUCGAUUCCGUGAGGCUCUUCAGGCAAUGGUCAGCAAGCAAUCAGAUCACAAACUUGGUGCGGUCACCUGGGAGAUCAGCCGAGCAAACAACAUCCACACUCACUGGCAAUUUCUGCCGGUCCCCAUUGACUUACUGCGCAAGGGUCUUGUUGAAGCUGCUUUCAAGGUGGAGGGUGAGAAUCUUCGAUACCCUACCUUCAAGGAGCGUGCCGUAGGUUCCGGAAUCGACGAAGAGGGUGACUUCCUUCGCCUUUGGUUAUGGUCCGACGAUAGUGACGCGGAAAUUCAGGGCAAGGAGCUUGUCAUGCCCAUCAACGACACGUUCCGCUUCGACCUUCAGUUUCCCCGUAAGGUUUUGGCAAAGCUCUUGCAGCUUGACAAGAGAAUCCGCUGGCAAGACGUGGCGCAAUCAGUGGAGGAAGAGUCGGCGGACGCUGAGCACUUCAAAGAGGCCUUCAAGCCCUGGGACUUCACUCUUGCAUAA